AUGUUCUCCCCUUCAUGGCAGCAGCUCGAACCGGCCGAGGAAAUCGACCAGCCCGACCAAACCCUAGCCGAACCGGCCGUACAAGCGGGCCCCACCGAUCCUCCUCCUCCUCCUCUUCCCGAGCCAGCCGAUCCUCAACCUCCACGCUCCUCCUUGGAGCUCCUCCAGAAGUAUGGCGGCGGCGGCGGGGGCGUCAGCGGGAAUCGGCCGUCUUCUUCGUCCACGUGUUCCACUCCUCCGCCGCAGCGGCGGCCGUUGGCGGUGGAGGAAGCGCUGAGGAUCGCCGGGAGGAGGAUCGUGGAGUUCUCUUCCGGAAAAGCAGGAGCGCCGUCGAUGCUCAACAUCCCUUUCGAUCCUUCGUUGUCGGACCUCUGCGAGGAUGACGUCAGGAGCGUGGAGCUGGCGGAGUACCUGCUGGCGGCCGCGGAGCGGAUCGGGGACAAGCAGUUCGACCACGCCGCCGCUUUGCUGAAUUUGUGCGAGUCGUUGGCUUCGAAGACUGGGAACGCCGUUCAGAGGUUGGGAUACUGCUUCUGCAAAGCCCUAAGAAAGAAGAUUGCCCACGACACGGAAAAGAAGACAUCGGUCCGAAACGCGAAUGAAUCAAAGGUGCUGACAUCGGAUUUCAUAGUAAAAGCAAUGCAAUGUGGGGCCAUCCCGAUGUUCCAGGUGCCACAUAUAGUUGGCGUCCAAGCCAUAAUAGAAAACGUGGCAAAAGCUAACAAGAUCCACGUCAUCGAUCUCAAAAUCGGGAACGGCCACCAAUGGGUUGCCCUAAUGCAAGGUUUGACGUCACUGUCUGACCGAGAACCGGUCGAUCUCCUUCGGGUAACCGCCGUAACAACCACCAAUUCCGACCAGUCUUCCAUCGAAGACACGGGAAGUCAGCUCACGAGUUUCGCUCAUACCAUAAAAGUACCGUUUCAGUUCAACGUCGUAGUUAUCGAGGACGAGGAUGCGGCUUCUGAUUUUCGGGCGGACCGGUUCGACCUAAACCCGACCGAAGAAGCGUUGGUCGUGUACUCGGAGCGCGUGCUGCGAACCCUGAUCGUGGAUUCGCGUCGGAUCGAACGGAUGAUGAGGGUGAUCAAGCAGAUGAACCCUCGAGUCAUGGUGACCGUCGAGGUGGAGGCGAAUCUCAACUCUCCGAAUUUCACGAAGCGUUUCGUGGAGACCAUUUUUUUCUACGGUGCGACUUUUGAGAACCUCGAGAGCUGCAUGGCACGAGACGACCCGAACCGGUUGUGGAUCGAGACCGGGUUGUUUGGAAGCCAGGUUGGCAACAUACUGGCUAGCGAGGGCGAGGACAGGUACGUGAGGAGCGUGAACCUCGAGGUGUGGAGGAAGUUCUUUUCCCGGUUCGGGAUGGUUGAGGUCGAACCGAGCUUGACGGCUUCCCACCAGGCCAAGUGGUUCCUCAACAAGUUUGCCACUGGAAGGUCGUAUACGAUUGAGUCGAAUGAGAGGAGCUUAGUUCUAGGGUUCAAAGGUACACCGAUGCUUAGCGUGUCUACUUGGAAGUUUAUUCAGUUUGCUCGGCUUAUAAGUGACAAUCAUGAGCUGAGAGUAGAGUUCUACUAG